AUGCCACCACCACCGCCACCACCACCAUUCCGCCUGGCUGCCGCGUGUGUUGUGCGCGUCGGCCAGUCCGGGCACCCAGAACGCAGAGUGCUGCCGCCGCCGCCACCCCCUCCUCCUACUACUGUACUGCCCGGCGGCUCCUCGCAACCCGACCCGCCGCCUGUGUACACGGCGGGCGCCGCGCAUAAUUCCCGCAGAAAGGACGGACCGGCCGGCCGGCCUCCCCCCAACCCUUCCAAAUCGCUGCCGCCGCCGCCUAAUCCCCCGCAGCUGCAGCAGCAGCAGCAGCACAGCUCACUCACACCACGCCCCCUGGCCUGGGGGCAGCGCGGCGACAGCCCGGCCGCACUCUCUUUAUUUUUAGCGCCCGUCGCUGUCACCGAGGGCGACUUUUCCCCUCCCAGCGCCGGCCGGCGAUCGAUGGCGCGCCAUUACGUCCCGAAUUAG